AUGCCGCCGCUGUCCCGCAGGGGGCGCUGUAUGCUCUCGUCCUGUAAUGAGGGAUCAGGCUGUCGCCGCCAUCUUUUUGGAGUCUGGAGGGCAGCGGAUGCCGAGCUCUGGCGCCCCCUGGUGUUUGUGCUGGAGGCCGGAAGUGCAGCGCACGUGGGGAAGACGGAGCUGCUGGCGCUGAAGAGCGGGGUCCGGUCCUCCGUGUAUUUCGACCUGAGGGGGAUUCACCCGGCGCUGCUCAACCAGGGUCGCGGGAGGAUGGGGGCACUGGAUGCAGGGGUCGCCGAUGCGGGGGCGCAGUAUCACGCGGUCUGCGGCGUUCCGUACACCGCCCUUCCCCUCACCACCAUCAUUUGUCAACUCCGCAAGAGAGGCCAAAGACUACGCUGGGUGCGGAGGUCGGAUCCUUCAUCCUUGUAUCACCCCGGGGACACCUGCCUGAUCAUUGAGGACGUGGUGACGAGCGGCUCCAGCGUCCUGGCGACAGUGGAGGUGCUCCAGGUGACGGACACCAUUGUGCUGGUGGACAGAGACGGCAUCGCGCUGCACGCCAUCUGCACCCUCAGCCAGCUCCUGGACGUCCUGCAGCAGCUGGGGAAAGUGGAUGCAGAUACGGUGGAGAACGUCAGGAGGUUUAUAGCAGGGAGCAGGGUGGGCGCACCAGUCCCGGCCCCCGCAGCGCCCUCACCUACUCCAUCCAUGCCGCCUUCCCAGACACUCACCCCAUGGCUGCUCCGCCUGAUGGGGGAGAAGCAGAGUAACCUGUCAGCCGACUUUACGGAGCUGCUCCGGCUGGCCGAGGAGCUGGGACCCUCCAUCUGUGUGCUGAAGUCCCACGUGGACAUCCUGAGUGACUACACCCCCGACGUCUGGGCGCUCGCCGAUCAGCACGACUUUCUAAUCUUUGAAGAUCACAAGUUUGCAGACAUUGGGAACACGGUGACACGUGAGGGUGAGAGCCCCCCCCCCCCUUUUCUGGUCUCUGGGGGGGCACGGUGACCCGACUUUUGAUCUUUUCUGUAGGUGGCGUUUUCAGAAUCUCUUCUUGGGCUGAUGUGGCGAAUGUCCAUGGUUGCCGGGCCCCAGGGUGGUACAAGGUCUGCAGGAGGCGUUGGGCAGGGGCUGCCUCGUGAUCGCUGCGAUGAGUUCCAAGGGGUCACUGGCUGCUGGGAGUAGUCUGCUGGUGGCGGCCUAUAAUCACCAGGCAGAUCCCGUAAGGGGCUGGGGGUCCAGAUGCAGCCAGGAGGUGAGUGCUAUCACAGGACACCCGCACCUCACAUCAUACAGAAACCAGGCACCUCAUGGCCGCUCCUGCCCACACCAAGGGUGACCAGAUCCGACUACAGGUGGUAGGGUGCGGAGGGGCAUGCUGCGACCCUGCUGGUCCAGAAGAUGGGAUCCGGUGUCCCCUUCACUACUGAUCUGUGUGUGGUCUUGCGGUAGGAUGCAGUGAUCAGCUGGAGACGCCCAUCAGAUCCACUCUCCGGUUAUGGGGGGUCACUCGCAGGAGAUUCUCUGGGACGUACCAGACGUCAUCGUGGGCCGCGGUGUCCUGUCAUCUCACAAGUGGCUGCAGGGGGAUACCACGCUGUUCACGUCUCUGCUAUCAUGGCUGCCAUAACGGUACGCCGGAUCCCAGCAACACCAGACAGACCCCAUUAAAGGCACCAGCAAACCCUGACUGAAAACGUGGACGUAGCCUGUGGCUCCUUGAGGACUUCUGCACUGACACGUUGCACCAGCACCAGCUGCGAGAGCAGGAUGAGCUCAGACUGUCCAGGCCCAGCCGUGUGAUUGAUGCUAAAUGACGCAGCUUUGAAAAGGGGCGUUGUAAAAAAAAAAUACUGCGCCAGGUUUAGGGUGUGCACCCCAGAGACCGAGCGCAGCUUUUAUAAUAUCUACAUUUAGUACAGUAAUCACCACGGUUCUCAUUAAUGGACAGCUAGCAGAGUUCUUGAAAUUCAGUAGAAGUUGCGCCAUGAGCGCAGAUCGUCGCACCACCGCAGACUUUACAGCCUUUAUUAAUUUAAUGUUAUUACAAUGAUUGCAGCAAAUUUUCAAAAUAUUCUCUGAUGCUAAAAACGGAGCAGUUAAAAUCCAGGAAACGGUUAAACAUCAACUUGGGACGGUCGUCUGGAUAAAGUCGCAAUGGCCGGAUAUACAAAAAUAAUUUCAAUAAAGGUAAAAAACGUACCAAAGAGUCUGCAGCAGCAAGUAGCGUCCUGGCAUCAACGGCCAGAGAUCAUCCCAGGGUCGGCGCGGCGUCCAGUCUAGAAAUGUCUCACUACAGUACACCCCUCAUAUACAUCCCCCGUAAACAUUCACUGUAUUAUACUCCAGAGCUGCACUCACUAUUCUGCUGGUUUUUAAAAGAAAUAGAGGGAUGUGUGUCCACCAAUGUGCUGACUACUUCCAGUAACAACCAGUAGAAUAGUGAGUACAGCUCUGGAGAUGACGUGUGUGACUGAAUAGUGUGGGGACAGAUGGUAAGUGGUCACAUUGUGCAUAGUCCAACCAAUAUAUGGUGUAGAAGAAAGAUCCCACAUUUCAUUCCGCCCAGUGGGCGGUCUUAGCGAGCUGUAGGACCGCCCACCAGACUCCUGGCAGGGAGUCAACCCUAUAUGCGCACGUACAGUUAUGAAGACUUAGUUCCUGACAGGAGUCCGGUGGGCGGUCCUACAGCCACACAGCUGUGAAUCACUGAUAGGACCGCCCACCGGACUCCUGGCAGGGA